CGCCCCGCGGCCGCCGAGGCACCCUCUGGCGGUCUCUGCGGCGGCGACUGCCAGGGCGGACGGUGCGCCGUGCGCAGGCGCGAAGCCUACACCUCGCUGCAGCCCCCGUCCCCUCGGGGAGUCGCACCCACGGAGUCCGCCGCUGGCGCGUCAGUGCUCUCGCCUCGUCCGCCUUCCCUGGCUUCCCCAGCGCCCUACACGCCCCGAUGGCGGAGCUGCGGCCUAGUGGCGCCCCCGGCCCCACCGCGCCCCCGGCCCCUGGCCCUACUGCCCCCCCGGCCUUCGCCUCGCUCUUCCCCCCGGGACUGCACGCCAUCUACGGAGAGUGCCGCCGCCUUUACCCUGACCAGCCAAACCCGCUCCAGGUUACCGCUAUCGUCAAGUACUGGUUGGGUGGCCCAGACCCCUUGGACUACGUCAGCAUGUACAGGAACAUGGGGAGCCCUUCUGCCAACAUCCCCGAGCACUGGCACUACAUCAGCUUCGGCCUAAGUGAUCUUUAUGGCGACAGCAGAGUCCAUGAAUUUACAGGAACAGACGGACCUAGUGGCUUUGGCUUUGAGUUAACAUUUCGUCUGAAGAGAGAAACAGGGGAGUCUGCCCCUCCAACAUGGCCAGCAGAGCUAAUGCAGGGCUUGGCCAGAUACGUGUUCCAGUCAGAGAACACCUUCUGCAGCGGGGACCACGUGUCUUGGCACAGCCCUUUGGAUAACAGUGAGUCGAGAAUUCAGCACAUGCUGCUGACAGAGGAUCCGCAGAUGCAACCCGUGCAGACACCGUUUGGGGUAGUUAGCUUCCUCCAGAUUGUUGGUGUCUGCACCGAGGAGCUCCAUGCAGCUCAGCAGUGGAAUGGGCAGGGCAUCCUGGAGCUGCUGCGGACAGUGCCCGUCGCUGGCGGCCCCUGGCUGAUAACUGACAUGCGGAGGGGAGAGACCAUAUUUGAGAUCGAUCCACACCUGCAACAGGAGAGAGUUGACAAAGGCAUCGAGAUGGACGGCUCCAAUCUGAGCGGUGUCAGUGCCAAGUGUGCCUGGGAUGACCUGAGUCGGCCCCCUGAGGAUGACGAGGACAGCCGGAGCAUCUGCAUUGGCACGCAGCCCCGGCGGCUUUCUGGCAAAGACACAGAGCAGAUCCGGGAGACCCUGAGGAGAGGACUUGAGAUCAACAGCAAACCUGUCCUUCCGCCAAUCAACCCUCAGCGGCAGAACGGCCUCACCCACGACCGGGCCCCGAGCCGCAAAGACAGCCUAGAAAGCGACAGCUCCACGGCCAUUAUUCCCCAUGAGCUGAUCCGCACCCGGCAACUCGAGAGUGUCCAUCUGAAAUUCAACCAAGAGUCAGGAGCCCUUAUUCCUCUCUGCCUAAGGGGCAGGCUCCUGCAUGGACGGCACUUUACAUAUAAAAGUAUCACAGGUGACAUGGCCAUCACAUUCGUCUCCACGGGAGUGGAAGGCGCCUUUGCCACUGAGGAGCACCCUUACGCAGCUCAUGGACCCUGGUUACAAAUUCUGUUGACCGGAGAGUUUGUAGAGAAAAUGUUGGAGGACUUAGAAGAUUUGACUUCUCCAGAGGAAUUCAAACUUCCCAAAGAGUACAGCUGGCCUGAAAAGAAGCUGAAAGUCUCCAUCCUACCCGACGUAGUGUUCGACAGUCCUCUGCACUAGCCUGGGUGGGCCCUGCAGGGGCCAAGGGAGAGCCCAGCUGCUCCCCGGUGACUUCCAAUGAAACAACUGCGUGCGAGAGAUUCCCACAAAUGAAAGGACAGUGUGAGGAUGACUGCGCAGCCACCGCACCCACAGCCGGUGGGACGCCGUGCACAGGCCACAGGCCACACCUCACCUGCAGCUCAGGGGCCUCACCUCUCAGCCGGCCAAGCCCAUGUGACCAGGCCCUGGCCCCACGAGGCCGUGAGCCGGCAAAGGCAAACCUUCCCCUCCUGCUGCUGCCACAGGUUCUGGUUUGAGAUUUGCCUCUGGAACUUUGCUGUGCCCUUAGGUGGACAAAGGCCUCAUUCCCUGCUACGCCUCACCACACAGCACAGCCGAAGGGAGAUGGAGUGGCCGUGUGGGGGCACUGCCCAGCUCAACUCUGGGAAGCCUUUGGUAUUCAAGCUUCUCUGGCCUCAGAACAAUUUCUCUGAUCAUGUUUGGUUUUCUUCCUCCUCAUUUUAUUUUGUAGAAACCGAUGGUAUUUUAUUGUUCUUCAAAGAUGUCCAGAAGCCGUGUAUAUAAUGUUUUUUAAACAACUUUAUUCCCAGAUGAACUUUCUCAUUGUCUCAGACAGGGGCCGGGGGCCAUCUCCCCCUGAGCCGCCACGAGAGAAGGUGCCGGUGUUCGCCCGCCAGCCCUGGCACAAGGAACCAGCUGCACAGAGAGGCUUUUCUUCCUGGCUGGGCCUAGGGGAGCCUGGGCAGGGCGAAAGCUGAGACACUCCCCCAGGCAGCCUUGAGCCCAGUUUAGCUGGGGCCAGGAAAGGGUGCUGCUGGUUCCCAAGUGGACUGGGCCCUCACAAAGUUCAGGGACCAUCAGGCUCUCGGAGACUUGAGGCCCCAGCCUCAUCUUCCAGGCCUUUUCCACCCAACCAGCCCUGCCUGGGAGAGGGUGAGGCCCGGCACCUCACAGACCAUCCCCACCUGCCACUCAGGGCCUGGGGCUCCAGCUCUAUGACCACUCCUGGCCCAUGUCGUCAUCCCUUGGGCCUCCCAGCCUCCAGGCUGCAGGACUCUGGCUUAUUAAAAACGGAAAAAUCAACCUCUCAACAUGUCUUUCACUUUGAUUUUGCAGACACGGCACUCUGCCACCCCCCCAUCCUCCCUGCAUCCAUUCGUUUCUCAUCUUUCAUUCCCCAUUCCUUGACCUGUCUCCUUUCCUGCAUCCUGGCUUCUCGUGGUCCUUGGUCCCUCGCCCCAAUACUGCAGAUCUCAUGGUCUUCCUCCCAGAAGCCAACCUAUUGCUGGCCUAUGGUUUGGGGGUCCUCUUGGGUUAUCUCCCCCUUCUGACCUGGAACCCACAAGCCCCUUCCAUGCCCUUUUACCCCAGAUUCUAGGGACCACUAUUUCAAGUUCACCAUUCAGGCCUUUCCAAAGCAAAGUCCUUUUGUCUGUCAGGGACCACACAAGACCAUGCACUGCCCCUGCCUGCACCCACCACACACGGCCACCACAAGGAGUGCCACAGAAGAUCCGGAUCUGAUGAGAGAUCCAGCCAAAGAGCUGCCUCCAGAGGCCAUGAGGGCAGUGGCUGGGCUCUCCAGGGAGCAGGAUUUGAAUUUUCAAGGGGCUACCAGGGCCUGGUUCCUUCUCUGCACACACUUCAGGGCUACCUGGUUAACUCCAUCAAACUCAGAGCUUCAAGGCAGAUCAGUCUGCAGUAUUGGAAGAGAUGGGCUCCAGACCCCCACCAGUGAAGACGGAAGCCCCUCUGGACCUGAUGUUGGCAGCAGCUGUGCCUUCUGCUCCGAGGACUUUUCCAAAAGGACAUUUCCUGGCCUUUGCCCACCACGGCAUCCCUGCCUUUGAAGCUCUUGGCUUCUGACAUUUCAUGGCCAGAGAGGUGCCACCAGCUUGCCUCCUUUCCUUGGCACCCUGACUUGCCUCUCCACAAAUGCUCUUUCUGGGGACCUGCCUCCACCUGCCUGGUUUGGCUGGUGGGAAGGAGGGUAUUUUCUGAGCUAAGCUUUGUCAUCAGUAUGGGAGGCAGGAGGGAAGCAGGUGAGCUCUGAGAUGAUGAGCCCGUGAAGGCUGUGGCCCCUUCCUGCCCCACCAUGUCAGGAACCUCCAAGGUCCGGCUAGGGCCAGGCCUCCAUUUCCUUUCCCUACAGUGCAUUGGCUCUGGGGGAGUGGCAGCACAUCCGCCAUCUCUGACCAGACCUCCUUUCCCUUGGGCAGAGGUGCCUUCUGGAGGUUUCUUGGGGAGAGAACUCUCCAUUGAGCUUCUGGCUGGUGAGAGGGGACCCUCACUGAGGCUCAAGCGAGACUGAUCGUGUAGCAGGCCCAGCACAGCACCUGGCAUAUGGGAGUGCUCACUAAAUGUACCCCUCCCUUCCCUCCCUGAAGCUUUUUGGGAGCCCUGACCUCAUAGUGAUCUGGGGAGGUAAGAGGCCUCCCUCUCUAAAUCUGCCUCUUCCAUAGGCUUCUUUGAGGCUUGCUCAGUCCUACCCUCUCCCUCCAGGUCCCCAUGGCUAAAGCUUCUGAGAGGAAGGGGCUUCCCCGUGCUGUUUGCCUGCUACAUAAGGCAGACUCCUGUGGCUCCUCACAUUCAGUGUGGGCUGCAAGAGGACCACAGACCCAGCUGUCAUUCAGAGGGGAAGAGGCUCAUGUAAGGUCUCAGGUCUGGCCGGGAGCUGGUGCCUCUUCCUGCCCUUCUCUUCCUCUUCCAAAGGCAAGGCUUCAGGGCAGGGACUUGGAAGCCUUAGGGAGAGUCUAAAGGGCUAGGGCAUUUUUAAAAAUAAACACAGGAUCUUGGGACUGGGUUUUGAGACUGAGUUGAGAGCAGGGAAAAAACCUGAAGGUCAGUGCCCCUAUGGGGCAGACCAGUAGAGAAUUCCCUUGACUGUAUUUUUUUUAUCUGGUUGUCUUUCCUCUCUGGCUUCCAGGUCCUCCAUGCCAGGUGAGGUACCUGGGUCCCUGUUACAAGUUAGGAGCCCUGUGGAGAGAGGCCUCCUUUUGUACAAGUACCUGAAUGCUGCAAUGAGCAGACUUUUGUAAAAUUUUAUAUUAGUUUCUAAUGUCAAUGGCGACUCAGUUCCUGGGGGCUGCAGCCAGCCUGGGACUUUUGUAAGAAUUUUUGGGUGACUCACUUAGAUGUCGUUUCCUUCUUGCUCCCUUUUCCUCUGUGUAAUCUAAGUGCAUUAAACAUAUUUGCAGAA